UCCCGCUCUCUCUCAUCAUUGUCUCGUGAGGUUUUGAUCUCCAGCAGCAUCAUGCCUGAACCAGCAAAGCCCGCGCCGAAGAAAGGCUCCAAGAAGGCCGUCACUAAGAGCGCCGCGAAAGGAGGAAAGAAGCGCAGAAAGUCCAGGAAGGAGAGCUACGCCAUCUACGUGUACAAAGUGCUGAAGCAGGUUCAUCCUGACACCGGGAUCUCUUCGAAGGCGAUGGGCAUCAUGAACUCUUUCGUCAACGACAUCUUCGAGCGCAUCGCCGGUGAGUCGUCUCGUCUCGCUCACUACAACAAGCGCUCCACCAUCACUUCCCGAGAGAUCCAGACCGCCGUGCGUCUGCUGCUGCCCGGGGAGCUGGCCAAACACGCCGUGUCUGAGGGCACCAAGGCCGUCACCAAGUACACCAGCUCCAAGUAGAGCUCCGCUGCAGCUCAACACACAAAGGCUCUUUUAAGAGCCACCCAACUUCUCACUGAAAGGACAACUGCUGUUUUUAGUUGAGUCUCAUUUAAAACGUAUAAUCUUAAUUAAGUUUAU